AUGACUUCAAAAUGGAAAGGAAGUCGUUUGGAAACUGAAAUUAAUAAUUUACGUUCUGAAUGUAAUUGGGCAAAAAUUAAAGAAUUAUUACCUAAUUUAAAAUCAAAAAAUAUCUCUACUGCAGAGGUUGAAUAUCUUCAGGCUGAGUGUGAUUUAGAGAUGUUUAUUGAAAGCCUUCAUAAACCUGGAGUCUUAAUAUAUAAUGAAAUGUUAAAAAUUAUUGAAGGAACAUGUCUAAGAGUUGUUAAAAAAUUAAGUGAAAAAAAUGAACAAAAUACUAGGAUGGAGGCAUAUCUUUUACUUGCAAAACUUCAUUAUUUUUGUGGUGAGAAUUAUCAAGCACUUCAUGAUAUUGAAAGAAGUAGAAUGGAUGCUUUAACAUCACAAUUUGUCACAUUAAGAUCACUUAAAAUGGUUGCUGAAGGUUAUGCUAUAAAAGGGCUUGCUAUAGAAUCUGAAGCAUUAAAAGGUGGGGCAGAAAAAUUAGAUGAAGAUACAAGGAUAAAAUGUUUUGAAUGUAUGAAGAUGGCUGUUGAAUUAGGAAUCAGCUAUGUAUCUGAAUUAGAAAAAAAUAUUAAUCAUACUAAUAGACCAAUUAAUAAUAUAAAAGGUGAUGUUAUUGGUCAUAUUCUUGGAUCAGUUUUACGUAAACUUCCAAUUUUAUCAAUGAAAGGAUCAUCAGCAAAUAAAAUAAUUAAAUGGGAUAUUGAAGGUAUUGAAUGGUAUAGAAAAAUUUUAAUAAAAUUAGGAGAUAAACAAAUAUGUUCUAAAGCAGUAGAAAAAUUUUCAAAGUAUCUUGCAGAAAUUUUAGUUAAACAUCGUUUUGAAAAAAACAAUGAACAUACUUCUAGAACUAUGGGUGCUAAAAAUCAAAGCUUAAUAUUUUAUUCUGGAUCAAAUCAUGGUUAUUUUUGUCCUAAUAAUAACAUCGAAGAAAUAUUAUUACUACUUUUUAUUGCUGAAGCAUUAACAUCAAAAGAUAUGAUAUGUAGUAAAGCUUCAGAUGUUUCAAAUACAAUUGGAAAAAGUCGUGCUAAUCUUAAAGUGAUACAAUCUUUUAUGACUUUGGUAUUAUCAUCUCUUGGACAAUAUGAAUUACUUACAAAUAUUUUUAGACGUUCCAUGACAUAUGCUGUUGAUGAUUAUCAAUUAUGGAAAUUUUUUAUAUAUUCAUUAAUUGGAUCAGGAGAUUUAAUUCAUGCUACGAAAGUACUUAGAGAAUUAAUUUUAGAUGUUUCAGAAACAAAUUCAACAAAUCUUAAAAAUUUAUCACAAGAAUAUAUGUUUUUAUCAAAAUUAGAGUUAGAUUCUUCACUUCAAGUAGAUGCUUCUAUUAAUGCUGCAUUAAUGGCAUUAAAAAAAACUCAAGGAACAUGGAUGGAAGGUCGGGCAACCCUUUUACAUGCAAUAGCUUAUUCAUCUAAACUUCAAACAACAUUGUCAUUUGACGAAAGAAAAUUGGUAUUGGCUAAAAGUAUUGCAUUAUUUGAAGAAGCAAUUAAACUUGAUCCAUUAGAUGAUAUGGCAUAUUUUUUAUCAGCUCUUAAUUAUUCAAUUGCAAGAGAUCUUGACAUGGCACAAAAAAGAUGUAACAAAGCAGUUGAAUUGAAUCCAGAAAAUCCAUGGAAUUUAAUGCUUUUAGCUUUAAUAUUAACUGCAAGAAAAAAUUAUGAAGCUGCUUCUAUUUGUGUAUUAGAAGCAUUAGAAGAGUAUCCAUCACAUUAUGGUUUGAUGGUAUUAAGAUUAAAAAUUGAAAUGAAAUGUGGUAAAGUUUCUGAGGCUAUUGAAACAUCAAAGAAUUUAUUAAAAUUUUGGAAGAAUGCCCAUAAACCAUGUUUUAAUUCUUAUGGACCUUCCAAUUUUUCUGGUGAGGAGAAUGGAAAUACAACUAUAAGACCUACAAAUUAUUCUUUAACUGGGAAAACAUCUGGAACUAUUAACAAAACACCUUUACCUCGAGAUAAUGGAUAUUCAUUUACACCAUUAAUAACAAAUCCAAUAACAUUACUUUCAAAUCAAUCCCAUGUUUCUAUACCAAGAGUACCUUCAUCUUCGGAUGUUUUUGAAAAAUCUUCUAUUGUAACAAGUAUUUUUGGUACAGCUCCAAGUGAAUUUGGAGCUGUUGCAUCAACAAUAACAGAAUCUGUUGGUGUCAAGUGUCCUUCUAAUAGAAGUAUAGAUCUACUAACAACAUGGCGUUUACAGGCAAAUAUUUGGGUUGAAUUAGCAGAAAUGUUUAUAGAAUAUGGUAAGCUUUCAGAGGUAUCUUCAUGUAUUGAAGAAGCAUGUAAUUUAUUUCCAAAUUCUCAUCAAUGUAUAUAUUUAAAAGGAAAAUUAUUAGCAAAAAAAGCUGAAAGUAUUGAAGAUUAUGAGAUUAAACUAAAAAUGAAAACAGAAGCAAAAAGUUGUUUCCUUGGAGCUUUAAGUAUUUCACCUUCACAUAUACCAAGUUUAACAAAUCUUUCAAAGUUAUAUGAAGAACAAGAAAUGUAUGAAAUGGCAGAAAAAUUAUAUAGAGAUGCAAUUACAAUAGAUCCAAUGAAUCAUAUAUAUUGGUAUGAAUUAGGAAAAAUUUUAUCUGAACAAGGAAGGCAUAUUCAAGCUUUAGAAUGUUUUGAAACUAGUGGUGCUUUAGAUAAAAGUACUCCUGUAAUUCCAUUUUCAGUUAUUCCAAAAACUAUACGUUGUGAUAUGUAA